GAUGGCGUCGUUGUUAAAUCGAUGUUACUACGUUAGCUUUCCACAGUACACGUACAAGUACAGUAUAAACACAUUAUUAAUUCUUCGUGUCAGGAUUAACUCAGGUUAAGCUUCUCGGGCUAGCUUAAGUUGCUAGCUGCAACAAGAAAUAGACGCGGAAGUUAGCAACACAUGCUACGUGUUAUUGUGUGUGAAAAUGUGUAAAGUACAAAUGCUGAGAGCGUUGGUGAAUCAGCGACUAACUGCGGCCGUUGAAGAAAUAUUUGUAGUGUUGGAAAGAACGAUAGCAGAGUACGAGGAGGAACUUUCUCGAACAAAAGAGGAGAACGAGCGACAACGUCAACUACUGGACGCUGUUUUCAAGAAGCCUCAUGAUGUGCCACACAGAGCAGCAGGUGUCAGUGAAGAAGCUCUUUCACCAGAGCAGAAGGCCUGGUACUCCAGGAUAGAUCAGGAGGAGUCCCAUCCCCCCCACAUUAAAGAGGAAGAGGUGGACCACAGUUUCAAUCAGGAAGGAGAAGGGCUUCAGGAGCCCCCAGUGAUGCGUGUCAUCGUGAAGAGUGAAGAUGAUGAAGACAAAGAUGAAAGUGAGGGGAAUAGACAAAUGGAGCCGUCAAGCAGCAGCUCAACUCAACACAUAACAGAAGCUGAUGGAGACCACUGUGGAAGAUCACAAGCAGACUUAGCUCCACUAUCAGAUAGUGAUGACACAACGUCACACUCUCCUGACACUGAUGAUGAAGACUCGAAAGCUGAUAUGACAUGCCAAACUGUCAACACACACUUUAAAUGCUCUCAAUGUGACAAAAGAUUUGGCAAGAAGAGAAAUCUGAAACGACACAUGAGAUGUCACACAUCAGAGAAACCAUUCAUGUGCUCGGAUUGUGGUAAAACAUUCUCUAUAAAGGGACAUUUGAUAAGACACACAAGAACGCACACUGGAGAGAAACCAUUUGUUUGCUCAGUUUGUUGCCAAACAUUCUCUCGCAAGGCAUCUUUGAUCAUACACACAAGAACACACACCGGGGAGAAACCUUUUGCCUGCUCAGUGUGCAGUAAAAGAUUUACUCAUCGCUCGACUUGGAUCAGACACACACGGACGCACACGGGAGAAAAACCAUAUGCUUGCUCUGUCUGUAAUAAAAGAUUCUCUCAAAACGAAUAUUUGAUAGCGCACAAAAGGACACACACGGGAGAGAAACCGUUUCCCUGCGCCGUCUGCCAUACAUAUUUUCGUGAUCGUUCAGCAUUGAGUAAUCACAUGAGAAGACACACCGAUGAGAAGCCGUUUUCCUGCACUACGUGUAACACAAGUUUUCGGGAUCGCUCAUCGUUGAGGAAGCACAUAAAAACACACACCGACAAAAGUAUUUAGUAAUACAGGUGCUCCUCCUUUUAUGACAUUCCGUGUUGCAUCAUUUUGUGCUUAGAAACGCCCUCCUGGUGGAAGAAUACGCAGGCAGAAUAACACAUAGUUGAGUCACUAGAGUGAGGAAGGACGUCUCGUUUGGUCUUUUUAAUUUAACUUUUUUUCCCCUUCAUGGCAUCUCCCAAGGGUGAGGCAGGAGUCUGAUUUUAGUGUGUCAAAGAAAAGGAAAGUGAAAAGUGAAGUGACAUUUGACAUCGUAAGACGCUCAGUUGAGAAGUGGAAAAAUCAACACUGGCUGCAUUCCCCGUUCAAGCCGCUCGAACGCGCCAACCAUCACGAAGGAUUUAGAUGGUAUCCUUGGAAAUGUGAAAGGAUCUGCUCCUUUAGACAUAGACAGUGCCAGCUAAGCAGUGUAGUGGUCUCAUAAUUGAGACUUCCUCCUCGCAGUUAGUCUGUCUCUCCCUCCCUUGUUCAUUGAAGUAUAAUUUAAGCAUAAGUUCUGGCACACACACAAGCAUGUGGUAAAUUGAAGCUGGGGGAUGCUGGUAUGCUAAAGGUGGUUUGCUAUGAUAUGUUGUGAUGUAUGAACAUAGUUUUUGUCCUCCUGUGUUUUCUUGCUGAAAAUAGGUGACUGCAUAACAUAAAAUGUAUCAUGAUGUGUGUUGCGAUUCUUCCUGUGUCCUUGCUGAAGAUUUGGCUGAAGGUUUGCCUGCUGGUAAUAAAACAACUCCUGAGUCCACUUUUCCAGUGGAAUGAAACAAUUUUGGGGGCGAGAUGAGGGUUAUUGAAACGAUAGCCUCAGACAUUUAUGAAUACAACAAUAUAUAAGAGAGAUUUGAAUUGAUUUGAGUUUUUUAUUUGACAUUUAAUGUGGUAAUUACAGGAGUUUUCUAAAUGUUAAUUUGUUUGAAAAUGUAUACUUUGAAACAAUAUUUUGUCCCAGUUUAUUUUUUAUUUAUUUUCGAGCCAAGUACAAUAUUAUAGUAUUUCCGUCCGUAUUUCUCACAUGGUUUAUGUGAAAUGUCCUCCAAUUGUGCAUUUGACAUUUAAUGCAAACAAAACGUCAUACUGCGGAAAUGCGCAUGCGUCGGUCGCCAUUUUAGACUACUAUUUAAAGGUCGCAACGAAAGGCUUGAGGAAAUAAGUUAGCGAGACGACCACUUUGUGACCGCGUUUGUUGUCUUUUCUCCAAACAUUCCGUGUAAGUGAGCAGACAUCGUCCAUUACUGCUAAGACAAAAAUUGUCCCAGAGUCAUUUUGAAGCUUCUCGGGCUAGCUUAGCCUGCGAGUUGCUAACAAAGAGACGCUGAAGUUAGCAACACAUACUGCGCACGCGUGGGUCGCCAUUUUGGGCUACGCGAUUUUUACCGCUUGAGCCUGUUAGCUGCACACAAAGAGACGCGGAAGUUGUCCACACAUCGCCAAGCAGAGAUCGACUGUGAGUCUAACGUGUUGUGUGAAUAUGUGUAAAGUCCGAAUGCUGAGAGCGUUGGUGAAUCAGCGACUAACUGCGGCUGUUGAAGAAAUAUUUGUAGUGUUGGAAAGAACGAUAGCAGAGUACGAGGAGGAACUUUCUCAAACAAAAGAGGAGAACGAGCGACAACGUCAACUAUUGGACGCUGUUUCCAAGAAGCCUCAAUAUUUGUUGCAGAGAACGGAAGUCGGUGAAGAUCUUCCCCCUUGCCCCCUUUACAUUAAGAAGGAAGAGGAGCCCCAGCCCCCUCGCAUUAAAGUGGAAGAGAAGGAGCCACAGCCCCCUCACAUUAAAGAGGAAGAACACCCAGAGCGAGAGCAUUUUGAAGGACUGGAGGAGUUCUCUGUGAAUGGUGUUCCUCUGAAGCAUGAAGAAGAAGCUGAUGGAUCCCACUGUGGAGGAUCACAAGCAGACAACCUCUUAGCUCCACUAUCAGAUGGCGACACGUCAUACUGUCCUGACACUGAUGAUGACAACUCUAAAGCUGAUACGGCUUGUCACACUGACAACACACGCUUUAAAUGCUCUCACUGUGACAAAACUUUUAAUUCCUGUUGUUGUCCCCAAAGACAGAUCAGAAGGCGCACCAAAGAGAAACCAUUCAUGUGCUCAGUUUGUGGAAAAAGAUUUUCUCAUAAGCCGCAUUGGCAAGAACACACAAGAAUACACACUGGGGAGAAACCUUUUGCCUGCUCAGUGUGUGGUAAAAGAUUCACUCAUCGGUCAAAUUGGAUGAGACACACACGAACGCACACAUUAGAAAAAACUUAUGCCUGCUCAGUCUGUAAUAAAAGUUUCUCCCUAAAUGAAUAUUUGAUAGUACACAAAAGAACACACAUGAGAGAGACACCAUAUGGCUGCACUACUUGUGGUAGAGGAUUUUUUAAGAAGUCACGUUUGGAAGAACACACACGAACGCAUACCGGAGAAAAACCUUUUGUCUGCUCAGUUUGUGGCAGUAGAUUCAGUUAUCGGUCAAAUUGGUUGAGACACACGCGAACGCACACGCAAGAAAAACCCUACGCAUGCUCAGUCUGUAAUAAAAGUUUCUCUCAAAAUGAAUAUUUGGUAGUACACCAAAAAACACACACGGGAGAGAAAUUGUUUGCUUGCCCGGUCUGCCAUAUGUAUGCUCAUGAUCGUUCAGCAUUGAGUACUCACAUGAAAACACACACGACCGACGGCGUUCAGUUUAAUACUGAUGAUGUUGAUCCCUGAGGGUACAUUCAAUGCUCACACUGUUGUGUAAAGACUGUGUUGCAUGCAUUAAGACACACACAUGCAUGCGGUGACUGGAAGCUGGAGGAUGUUUGUAUGCUAAUGGUGGU